AUGAACUCGCUCGCCGCGUUCGAGCAACUCCUCGGCGGGCUCACGUCCGUCGACAACGCGACGCGGACGAAGUGCGAGGAGAUCUUCAACCAGUGCAAGGCGCAGCCGGACGUGCUCUGCCUGCAGCUCGUGCGCGCGCUUCGCACGUCCGCGGCGAUCGAGCACCGCGAGAUGAGCAGCAUCCUCCUCAGGCGCGUCUUGACGAAGGACGAGGUGUCGUUGUGGGCGAACCUGCAGCCGCAGACGCAAGACGGGAUCAAGGGCGAGCUGCUGAAGUCGAUGCAGGAGGAAACGCAAAAGACGAUCGCGCGCAAGGUGUGCGACACCGUGGGCGAGCUCGCCGCCGGCAUCUACGACGACGGAAAGUGGCCCGAGCUCCUCCCGUUCCUGUUCACGUGCGUCACGCAAGGCCAAGAGACGCUGAAGGAGUCCGCGCUGAACGUAUUCGCGCAGCUCGCGGAGUACCUCGGCGAGUCGCUCGUGCCGCACCUGGACACGCUCCACGGCAUCCUCGCCCAGUGCCUGCAAAACACGGACAUCAACGUGCGACUCGCGUCGCUGCGCGCGUGCUGCUGCUUCGUCGAGGCGCUCGAGAACGCGACCGACCGGGCGAAGUUCCAGGACCUCCUCCCCGCGAUGUUGCAGACGUUGGGGGGGGCGCUGCAAGGGAACGAUGAGUCCAGCGCGCAGGAGGCGCUCGGAAUGUUCGUCGAUCUAGCCGGCUCGGACCCGCGAUUCGUGAGGAAACAUCUGUCGCACAUCGUCGACGCGAUGAUGACGAUCGCGGAGCACGACGACCUCGAGGACGGGACGAGGCACCUCGCGACGGAGUUCUUGGUCACGCUGUGCGAGGCGCGCGACCGCGCGCCGGGGAUGAUGCGCAAGCUCCCGAACUUCGUCCCGCGUUUGUUCAACUGCCUGACGUCUUUUCUGCUCGACGUCGAGGACGACGCGAGCUGGCACGCCGCGGAGAAGGAGGAGGACGGCGACGCGGGCGAGGGCGAGCGGUACGACAUGGGGCAGGAGUGCCUCGACCGCGUCGCGAUCGCGCUCGGGGCGAACUCGGUGUUGCCGUGCGCCGCGGCGACGAUCCCGGCGUUGAUCCAAGACCAGGACUGGCGCAAGCGUCACGCCGCGCUCGUCGCGUUGGCGCAAAUCGCGGAAGGGUGCGUCAAGGGCAUGCUCAAAGACGUCGCCGGCGCGGUGUCGCCGUGCCUUCACGCGGUCGCGUCCGACCCGCACGCGCGCGUGCGCUGGGCCGCGGUGAACGGCAUCGGACAGCUGUGCACGGACCUCGGCCCGAAGCUUCAGGAGAAGGACCACGCGCGCAUUCUCCCCGCUUUGCUCGGCGCGAUGGAAGACCCGUCGCACCGCGUGCAAGCGCACGCGGCGGCGGCGAUGGUGAACUUCUCCGAGGAGUGCCCGCCCGAGCACAUGGCGCCGUUCUUGGACCAGCUCAUGAACAAGCUCCUCGCGAUGCUGCAGGGUGGGCACAAGAUGGUGCAGGAGGCCGCGUUGACGGCGCUCGCGUCCAUCGCGGACAACGCGCAGACGGCGUUCGCGAAGUAUUACGGCACGGUGCUGCCGUUUUUGAAGCAGAUUCUCGUCGCCGCGGCCGGGAAGGAGCACCGGAUGCUGCGCGCCAAGGCGGUGGAGUGCAUCUCGCUCGUCGGCAUGGCCGUCGGCAAGGAGCGCUUCGCCGCGGAUGCCAAGGAGGUGAUGGACAUGCUGCAUCAGCUUCAACAGGGCGGGUUCGAAGACGACGACGCGACGACGUCGUACAUGCAGCAGGCGUGGACGCGCCUGUGCAAGUGCCUCGGGCAGGACUUCAUUCCGUACCUGCAGGUCGUCAUGCCGCCGCUGCUCAAGUCCGCGCAGGUGAAGCCGGACGUGCAGGUGACGGACGUGGAGGACGGCGCGGACGACGACGAGGACGAAGACGUCGAGGUGAUCACCGUCGCCGACAAGCGGAUCGCGAUUCGAACGACGGUGCUCGAGGAAAAAGCCACCGCGUGCAACAUGCUGUGCUGCUACGUCGACGAGCUGAAAGAAGGGUUCCUGCCGUACCUGCAGCCCGUCGCGGAGACGAUGGUGCCGCUCCUGGACUUUUACUUUCACGAGGACGUCCGCAAAGCCGCGGUGGCGUCGUUGCCGGACAUCUUGCGCGCGGGCAAGUGCGCGAUGGAGAAGAGCGUCGUCAACCCGGCCACGGGCGCGGUCGUCGACGCGGCGUACGUCAAGUCGCUCGUCGCGUUCGUCGUCCCGCCUUUAAUCGCGGCGCUCGCGAAGGAGCCCGAGGUUGAGAUCCAGGCGAGCAUGUUGGAGUCCAUGAGCGACUGCGCGGGCGUCGCGGAGGAACUCAUCGCGGAGCACAUCGGCGCGAUGAUCGAGCAGUUCCAGAAGACGCUGACGGGCUCGCUCGAACGCCGCGCGGAGAGGAAUAAGCGCGCGAACACGGAGGACUUCGACGGCGAGGAGAUGGAGGCGCUGAAGGACGAGCAAGCCGCGGAGGACGAGGUGUUCGAUCAGUUCGCCGAAUGCGUCGGCUCUCUCCUCCGAUCGCUCGGCGCGCGCGUGCUCCCCGCGUUGGAGCCGCUUCUCGCGACGUACGUCGCGCCUAUGCUGUCGCCCGAGAGGUCCCCGGGGGAGCGUCGGAUCGCCAUCUGCGUCUUCGACGACGUCAUGGAGCACGCGUCGGACGCGUCCGGCGCGUCGUUGAAGUAUCUGGACGGAUUCAUCGGCCCGUGCCUCGCCGGGUGCGGCGACAAGGACGCGGACGUGCGGCAGGCGUCGGUGUACGGCGUCGGCGUCAUGGCGGCGGCUUUGGGGGCGAACUUCACGCCGCACGUCCCGAGCGCGCUCGCGGCGAUGGCGGCGGUGAUUCAAGCCCCGAACGCGAGGGACGAGGACAACAUCUCCGCGACGGAGAACGCGAUCUCGAGCCUCGGGAAGAUUCUGGAGUGGCAGCGCGUCGCCGUGCCGUCGCCCGAAGCGGUGGCGCCGCAGUGGCUCGCGAUGCUUCCGCUGACGGAGGACACGGCGCGUUCUAUGUCUUUCACACUGGUUGAGGCGCGCGUCGUGCACCAGCAGCUCGUGCGGAUGUUGGAGAAGAACGACCCGCACUUGUUGGGCGCGAGUCACGAGCACCUGGGGAAGGCGCUGUGCGUGUUCGCGACGGCGAUGCCGACGGCGUCGCUGUCGGACAAACUGUCGCUGUGCACGGAGGAGACGAAGGCGCGGAUGAAGAACUUGAUAGCGCAGAUGCAAGGGGGGCUGCCCGCGGAGACGAUGCAAAAGGCGUUCGCGGAGCUCGACGCGGAGAAGCAGGCGGCGUUGCAGGCGGCGAUGGCGUGAUGAUAUGAGAUGCGGUUUAAUGAGUGGCGAGCGAGCGGCGAAACGCGGCGGGCGGGCGGGCGUCGCGGGAGGGAGGCGGACGGGGCGUCGGCGGGGUGUACGGUAUGCGUGUAACGGGGUCGCGACUGAUGACUUUU